GCGGCAGUUUCGAGGAUUGCUGACUUUCUGUGAUUGUGUAGGUGUAAUUAGAAUUGCACACUACGUUAGCUACUUUGUUUCAGGCUUUCGUGGUUAAGUUGGUCACAGGUAUUGGUGUAGUUUAAUAUCAGUGUAUUUAUGGGCAAUCCAUAUUUUAUAUCACAAGACGAACACUAACCCCACUUUGUUAGAUUUGGUUGGCUUUUGAUUUUAUGUAAUGUUGGCUGAUCCUACUCUUCGUUAUGCGGAUAUUCAAGCCUGUUGCUCUUGUCUUGGAUUUCGUGAGGGCGAUACAUACAAGAUAGAUACUGAUGCAGAAGUUUCCAUUCGCACUUUAUUGCGUUACUUACGAAAUGAAACUGCUGAAUGUGAUAUACGACGUGAACUUGGUCAACUCCGCAUUGUUUCCAGUGAUCUCAUACCGCUUCUCCGUUGUUGUAGCGGCAAUAAAAUAUUAUUUGAACUGGUCAUUCGUCUUCUUAUGAAUUUGACUCAACCUGCAAUUGUAUGUUUUCGUCAAGAGAUACCAAAGGAUCGUGAUCUUUACAGUGCUUAUCUUCAAGUUGAUGAUUUGCUAAAGUCAUACAAAAAAGACUUUGCAGAUGAAGAAUUGUUUCGGGUCCUGUGUAAUGUGGUAGGCAGUUUGUUAGAUAGAAGCUGGGAAGAAAGGAGUGAAGAAGAUCGUCUUCUCAUUGAGCGUAUUUUGAUUUUAAUACGUAAUGUACUUCAUAUUGCUCCUGAUGUUGUUGGCGAGCAGCGUACGGACGAGGAUGUUUCUGUACAUGACCAGAUUUUAUGGGCAAUGCAUUUAUCUGGGUGGGAUGAACUACUUUUGUUUCUUGCAAAUUCAGAUGAUGAACAAAUGUUCGCUUUUCAUACUCUUGAAAUCAUAUCACUGAUGUUAAGGGAACAGACACCUGAGCUACUUGCCUGUGCUGGAAACAGAGCAGAAACUAAAUCUGAGUUAAACACUCGGAGAAAACUUAUUGAAAGAUUGAAAAUUCGAGAUGAUAUGGAACGAAAGAAUUUUCUUUACGCCUGUAACCUAAGGCAAGCACGAUUUGGUGGUGCUUUUGAAUUGGUAAAUACACCAUCUUUGAGCGAACGUCCACUGAUUUACCAUCAUGAUAUUACCCAUAAAGCUCAAAUGGCAACUGUAAUUUCGAAACAGUUGGACAGUUCUGUAGAUGUGGUGGAUAAUGUCGGCAUCGUUGAAUUAGAUGUAGGAAAGCGAAAGUUCCGUAAGCCUAAACAUCGUAAACCUUUAGUUGACCGACCAGUACACCGGCGUUCAAUUUUGGCUGUCCAGUUAUAUCUGCAGGGUUUCUGUUGGCAAUUUUUAAAGUUCUGCUAUAAUCCAAUCAUGCGUGUUGUACAGUCAGGUUUAACUCGUCAAGCUAGCCAGGAGAAUGAUGAAACUUAUUUCCUUUGGACAAUGCGAUUCUUUAUGGCAUUUUGUCGAGUUUAUCGAUUUCGCUCAGACUAUAUAAGUGAAACUCUCAGUGUGCCAAUUUUUCAUUGGAUAUAUGAUCAAGUAAUAAAUUAUAAAGAACAUUUAGUAACCGAUAAACGUGGUGGCGCUUCAAAUCAACGUGCAAUCCAAGCAGCUCGACGUUUAGAACUUUCUGUAGCCUGUUAUAAAGAAUUUCUCACUUGCCUAAAUCGUAUGCUUCAUGUAACUGGAGCAGAUAAGACUGUUCAACCAGGUGACGAUGAAACACAAGAUGGUGUUGAAGAACGAUUACGUUCACAAGCUAAUGUUGCUGAGUCGAUUAUUGCCAAUGUAUUUUAUGUUGCUGAAUAUCAAGAACUAUUCCCAAAUCUUUUGAGGGACUACAAUGAAAUAUUCAUGUCCAAGUAUGUUCAAUCCAUUUUAUCUUGAUUAAAAUAAUGUCUCCAAAGUCAUUUUGGGAUCCGUUUAGUAACCAUAUAUUAAAUUUAGUAGAAUGGACUUAGUUUUAUUUAUCACAUGUUACCUUGGAUCCACGUAUCAGAUUUCACUCAACUGAGUAAUAUCAGUAAUCUGGUAUAUAAAGUUAUAUAUACGUGUUGAGUAGAAUAUUUGUGGCUGCAUAUAUACCUCCGAAGUAGACCAGAUAUCAUGAUCCUGAAACCUGACAAAGGUCCUUGGCUGGUUGUUGUAAAUAAAUGCAACUAUAAGGUGAAAAUGUUAUCUAUGUUUGUUGAUGAAAGUUCCUGGCGGACGUUCCAUCCAAUAUUAAUGUUAGAAAAUUGGAAUCCAGAGUAAAUUCCAACCUAAUGAAGCUCCUUAAAAUAAACUUUAUAAACAAAGAGGAAUUUAAUGUGCUAAAACCUACCGGUUCUGUACUUCCGAAUUUAUAUGAAUUACUUAGAAUUCGUAAACUAAUAUUAUCUAUAUGUGAUGUACCUGCACAUAAACUAGCAAAAUGGUUAGCUAAAUUAUCAAAUCCAGUCCGUGAUAAAUUAUUUAAGUUUUUUUUAAAAGAUACAUUUUAACUAACUGAUCUUUGUGAUGAGAUUAAUCCUAAAGAAAAGAGUAUGCAUCAUUUUGAUGUAAAUCCUCUUUCUUAUGAAUGUACCUUUAACCAAGACUUGGUUUCCUUUGUGACUAUAUAUCGAGUAAUGCCCUCCUUUUUUCCUAUUCGGUCAACACUUUUAAAAGAACUACUUUUAUUGUGAACUGCAAAAGUGCAAUUCACGCUUGAAAGUGAACAUCUGCUAGUUGGUGAUGUUGCUCUGGCUAACCCUUUGGGAUCUCUCUUAGCUAAUGUAUUUAUGUCAUAUGUUAAAAAUGUGAUGAGUUAACUCUGUAUAGGGGAUACGUAGAUGAUAUAUUAAUCAUAUAUAAUAAAAAUUUCUAUGUUACUCAGUUAUUAAAUAAACUCAAUAGGGUACAGGAUGAUAUCGUAAUAACCUAUGAAGAAGAAAGUAAUAAUCACUUGUUGUUUUUAGUCAAACUUUUGAGUCCAAGGAAGAAUGGAGCUAUAAGGCGGUUCGUUUAUAGGAAGCCAUCCUGGACUGGUCAGUAUUUAAAUUUCAACUGUUUCUCCCCAUUAAAACACAAGCGAGGCUUGAUAAAGUGCCUCUUUAACAGGACUCAAAGAAUAUGUACAACAAAUACUGUUGAAGAAAAUGCAAAACUACUGACUGAUACAUUGAUAUCAAACGGUUACUCACCAAAGCUUUUAAACAGAUGCAAAAGUCAGUCAACACCAAAACCUUUAUUUCUGCUCUAAAGUGAAGUGUUUAUAUUUCCCUACCAUUUAGAUGUGAAUCUAACAGUAAAAUCUUAAGACAAACUGAAAGCAACCAUCGAGAAAAUGGUUAUAUAUAUAAUAUCAAGAAAAUUACUGCUUUAUCAUGAACCCUGUAUUGGAUAAACAUAUCCAGUAAACUGGAAUUUAUAACUUGCGUGCUCCAAACCAAUGAAAUAAUGAACGAUCAAUCUAUUAUUUUAGUCUCUUGUCAAUCAGUAUACUGUGUUGUUAUAAGUUUCGCGACAAGCUAAUUUCUAUUAAAAUAUCAUGAUUUCUUCUCUUCUAGAGACUAUUUGCGUGAUUUGGUUGAAGGUUCUCACUUAUUUAUAACUUUACUUUCCAACAAGAUCUGUGGUAGCAAUAAAAAAAUUAUUGUGAAACGUCGAAGAGUUCACCGAAGGAAAAAGCGUUCCUCUAAACCUAAAAAGGAAACUCAUAAAAGAGAUAUUCUAAAUCAGGAACCUGAAGCUGUGAGAAUUAGCCGUCUCGAACAACAAUGGUCUAAUCAGUUAGAACGUCCCUUAAUAGAGAUUUUACUGGGAACAGCGUAUCAAGAGAAUGAACAGGAUGAAAGUGAUGAUGAAAUGAAUGAUACAAGACUCUUCGAUGCAACUACAGGAAACAGUGAAGAUCAGCAGUUGAAAUCGGCCAUUCGUCGAGUUCAAGCUGCUUUAUUUGCAGGCUCAGCUAAAACUGCUUUAUCAACGGCCAAGAGAAUGUGGCGUCUUUGGCCAGAAGUUGCUCCAGUUUCAAUUGAGGAAGAUAAUUCAACGAUUGAUGCUGGGCGUGCUGCAGGAUUACGGCCUGAAUGCUUGAAUGUAUUAGGGGCUUUACAGCAAAUUCAUAUGACUGAACUAGAGGAAGAAGAACAGGAGGUACUGAAUAAUUCUUCAUCGAAUAGUAGUGAUAGUGAUAACCUUUACAACGAAGAACUUGGCAUAAGUGAUUCAAAUGAUGAAGAAAUAGUUACUACUGAAAAAGAAGUAGUUCUAGACUUUAGUGCUUUUAUGCUCAAAUUUGUUCAUCCACGUGUUGUACAUGCUUACACGUAAGUUUUCACCAUUUCCUUGAAUUGAAGAAAAUAUCAUCA